AUGAGAGCAAAUAAUCGUUUCACAUCAGUUAUUGGGAAUUUACGUGAAAUAAAGGAAGCAAACCUUUUGUUUAAAGUUACUAACACUUUCUAAAAAACAAUUAAUGAAGAUACUGAUAUGAUUAGACAGAGAUGUUUACAAAUUUUAACAAUAGAACCAGAAAAAAGGUCUAUCAUGUAAGCUAAAUACGUUCAAAAGUAUUUUGAAAGAGAUUUUGCAUAUUUUUCUAAAAUACGAGGAUAAUUGCCAGAUGAUCUUUACAUUAGAAUUUUUAAAGAUUUAUAAAUAGAGAGGAUUAAUGCAGCCGAAGUCGUAUUUAAUAUGGGCGACAUCGGAAGGAAAAUGUACUUUAUUAUUGAUGGAGAAGUGGCCAUACUUAUCCCUAUGUAAGAAUCACAGCAUCAUGAUAAUCCUCAUCACUAAAGAAGAUCCUCAGUUGUUAAAAAAUUUGAUGAUUUAUUGAAGCACAAGUAUGCGCAAUAUAAAUUAAUUGCGAUAAAAAGCAAAAAUGACUUUUUUGGGGAGAUUGCAAUUGAACAGAGAAUUCCAAGAACAGCUUCAGUAGUAGCAAAAACUGAAUGUGUUUUUGCUACUUUGAGUUAUGAAUCAUAUUAGAAGGUGUUGGGCUAAUAUUAAGAAAAGAUUUUAGAGGAAAAGUUACAAUUCAUUAAAUGCACACCUCCCUUUAAAAAUUGGAGUUAAUCUGGUUAAUUGGUAUUAUUGCAUAGUUGCCAGGAAAUGAGUUUUGAUGCUGGAUCAUUCAUUUAUAAAAGAGGAUAGAAGGGAGACUAAGUAUAUAUAAUUAAAGAAGGUGAAAUACUUAUAGAGAAAUGGGGUAAAUAACAAUCAGUUACACAAGAAGGAGAUAUUUAUUUGAAGAAAAACAUUAUUGUGGUAGGGUUGUAUUCUACUGGAUAGAUUUUCGGGGAUUAUGAAGUCUAUCAAACAAAUAUGAAAUGUAGAUAUCUUACAAGAAUAACAUAGGCUAAGGCAAGAGCGAAAACUGUCGUUUUAGCCCUCUCGAUAUCAUAAUAUAUAGAUAACAUGAGGUUGAAUGAAAGAGAUGGUUGGAUUAGAGACUACUUCGAAUAAAAGUUUAGCAAGAAAUGGUUAAAUAAACCAGAGAUCUCCACUUAAAAUGUCAGCAAGAGUCCGAUUCCUUCUAAUAAUAAAUAAUAUAUUAAAAGUAGAGAGGAUGGAAGAUAAGCGUACAAAGUUUCCUUAUCUAAUAAUUACUUUGAGGACUUAGAAUCAGAAAAUAAAAAUAAUUCAAAGGAUCUAUAAUUAUUAUCUCCUACUUAAUUGCAUUCCUAAAAUAAAAGCAAUAAAACUAUGAGAAAAUUUUUGAGUUUAUAAGGAAGUUUGUUUAAGACUUAAUAAAAUUAUGAGGCGCCUUCUAUGGAAAUCAUUAUAAAGCAACUGAAAAAUAAAGUUAUUAAGAGUAGAGAAAACUUAACAAAUGAAUCAAUUUUUGAUAUUUCACAGAGUAAAUUUUAUUCUGUAAAGAAACUCAGUGCUCCUAAACUAAAAAUAGGUUUUUCAUUUAAAUCAUUUAGAGAAGGAGAACGAAAUAAGUCUAAAUUUUUAGACUGA